CACAGAGCUCUUGAUUUGCAAACUACUUUUCUGUCUGCUCCCAGGUGCUUGGUGAAUGGCACCACCUCGGCGGGAUGACCAGAAGCUGUCCUUGGAGUCCUCCGCUUACUGUGUCUGAUCCAAUUGUGGAGAUGGAAGGGGCUCAACCCCUGGAUGAGAAUGUGGGAAACACACCACGGUCAAGAUGCCAGAGGAACAAGCUAUUACUGGUGGCUUCUGUGGCUCAGGGGCUGGGGCUGUUCCUGUGCCUCACCUUCUUCUGCCUGUACCGCUCUGCUCCUCAGGUGCAGUAUCCUUCAAUUCAAAGUAUUAGAAUACAGUUUACUGCCCUACCCUUUUCAGGAUGCGAGAAGAAAUUUUUCCGCAUUGCAUCUCCAGACAAGGCUGAGACCAUGAAGGUGGAAAACGACUCAAUCAUCAUCAACUGUGAUGGGUUUUAUCUCAUCUCCCUGAAGGGCUACUUCUCCCAGGAGGUCAACGUCAGCCUCUACUUCCGGAAGGGUUACAAUCCAAUCUCCAUCCAGAGCACCAACAAGGUGGUCAACUUCAUCACGGUGGUCUCUUUGGCUUUCAAAGACAAAGUGUAUCUGAAUAUGAGUGCUCACGAUACCUCCUGCUUGCCAGUGAAUGGUGGGGAACUGAUUCUCGUUCAUCAAAAUCCUGGUGGAUUCUGUGCCCACUGAGGAGUCGAUGGCCAUCCCCCAAACCAGGCACCAGUGUGAACACCAAGCUGUGGGUGGACAGGACACGGAUUCUUCCUUGUGAGCAGAGUCCUUUAUGCUCAGCCACUUGGGAUGAGAUCUUGCCCCAUCCCCUCACUCAGGGAUAUUUAAAAUGCAUCUUGCAUACCUUAUUAACUGUAUUUAUCCUACAUCUUCAAAUCACCCAACUCAUCCCCCACGACUGCCUUUAGCCCACUAUUAACCUUCGUGAGAGUGAAAAACCAAAUGUCUCUUAAAGACACAUUGGUCAGGCAAUUGUUUUAAUCAACUUUAGUCAUUGAAAAAGGCACUUGGCUACCAUUUGCUGGAAAUCUGACAUGCGUGUGGCAUUGUCAAAAUGAAGAGGAGCCAAGAGCAGGGUUAUGAGUCUGCAAAAAGUGGUUUCCACUAAUCCCCGGGAGUCCAAAUGAACUAUCCAAAUUGAUGGUCAUUUGCAUAUUACCAACAUUCCUCUUUUUCUUGGAGGAGUUCAAGAAGGAAAUUGUCUUGUGAAAAUCAGGACUUGAAGUCAACUGUCUAAGAAAUACCAUGUGCUCUGGGACUUUUUUCAUUACCUCUUGACUUUUCCAGCUUCCAAACAUAUGUAAUAGAAAUCUCCCUUCAAAGAUCCAUCCUGAGAAUAUGAUGCUGUGAAAAAUUCAAUCAAGGAUUAAGAAAAACCAAGAGAGAUUUUUCUCUACAGGGAGUAUGUGAUAAUGUGAGAAUUAUCUUCAUCUCAUAGGAGAGCAAUGAACUGGACCUCAGGGUAAAAGUCAGUAAGGAUUUGGACGGCCACAGACAAGCAAAGCAGCACAUGCUGAGAUCCCUCCUCAGCACUACUCUGUGUACCCAGAAACCACAUUGCUAGGUUUCCAAAAAAAAUGAAGCAAUGCUACAGUCAAAUACAGUUUUAUGUCAAAUGGCACUAAGAAGCAAUUAUACCUUAUGAAAAACAAUGAUCUCUGUCCAGAAUUACCAAAUGCCACAUAUGAUCUCACAUUGAAACCAGAAGGACCUAUCAUCAGCCAAUACCAAAUCUUCAUAUCCCCAUUGAACUUGGAAUAAUGAAACAGCAUAUGGCAUUGUGAUUUUUAUGUCAAAUAUCCAGAUUAUUUGCAAGUCUUCUGUGCCAAAAUUUUUGUUGAUGUAAAUUUUGGAAAUUUUUAAAAUUGUGGUGAAUGUUUCUCUGCUGUUUUAAAUAGGGGAUACAAUGUACCCUGAUGUCUUUCUGGAUGAUUCUGUGUCAUUGCAGGAACUGUACUGUGUGAAGUACAGUGGUUACUUCUAGGACCUCCAGGAAGACAGAAGGCUGUUGUCCCUACACUAAGUGGUCUCAGUUCCAUUUGGGCUUCUUCCUGUCUGAUACUUUUCUAUUUUCUCUUAAGUGUCUGUCUCCAACUAUAUUCCCCUCUAUUUCAAGCUAGUAUGGAAAGAAGCUAAAUAAAAAUUCUACACAACUGUGCAUAAGGUAAGAACAAUCAGGUUCUGAGUGGUUGCCAGGGUACACAUGGAGUCAGUCAGAGCUAAACACUUACAGAGGGCCCACUGUAGCCCGGGAACUGGGCCAAUUGCUACAUGAAUAAAGCUGAGCAAGACAUUCUGUGCUGUCUUUGCCUACUCAGAAGAUUUAUGUAUGUGUCUUUUGUGUAUAGUGUACUUUUUGUCAUUAACUAUGUUAUGCAAAAUCAAGUGAUAUUUUAAAAAGUAAUGUUUAUGGCUACAGUAAUAUUUAAGAAAAUGCACAUUUACUUUUUUAAGUUUGGAAAUUCUGGCCAUACUUCUCAUAAACAUGCAGUGCACAGGCCUGAGCACUGUUGUCCUGUGGCUGGUUGUCUUGGAUGCCAGGACCUCUCCCUGUGGGGACCCCUGGCGCACAUGCUGGCCUUUCUGUGCUGGUCUCCUUCAGGGAUAAGGAGGAGGGAUACUACUGCUGUGCACAGCUUCACCCCCCACCUAGCACCCAUUGAAAUCUGUUCUGUGUGCCAGUCCCUCCAGGUCAAAGAGAUAAGUAACCCUGUACUCACUAUGUUGAAGAGAUCUGUGGAAAGAGAACUGAGAAGUCAGGAGGUAGGACUUCUAAAUUUGACUUAGUUACUAACUAGCUAAGUGACCUUGGAUAAAUAAUUCCUCAUUUCUGCAUCCUGCUUUCCUCUUGCUAAAUGACAGGAAAGGUAAAUGUCUAACAGUUUAGAAUCUUAUGCUCUUGUUAGCUGAGAAGGCAUAUGUUAAAUGUGCUGGCUGUACUAGUUACUCUAAGUCAAGAGGGGUAGCUUUCUCUUUUACUGUAUGGAAUAUAUUUUUGCCCCCACUCUGGCUCGCUCUGGACAAACUAAACAUCUUCCUUUUGCCUUCUAGGUCAUUCCUUCAAGAGCAGUUACCAGUUGUUGCCUAGUGACUUUCUAUCUAGAGAAUACUUACGAGAUUCUAAUCCUAUGUAAGACCAUACUUUGUUCUUAAGUAUACUGGGCAGGUCCCAUAUUAAGCCAUAUUUUUGUAUUUGUGCAUUCCUGGUUCUCAAAGGAUAUAAAUAUUGAUAUUAAUAAUAUAGAUAAUAAAAGUAUUGAUAUUUACAUGCAAACAAAUAAAAGAUCUCAGAAUUCAGUA